AUGAUUCACCCCCAUUCUUCUCUCCAAUAUAAGUUCAUCAUUGUGGCUACUGACUUCUUCACCAAGUGGGUCGAAGCCGAACCUUUGAAGGAGGCCUCCGGUGCCACCAUCCGCCAGUUCAUUUUUCAUAACAUUAUCUGCAGGUUUGGUAUCCCCGAGGUGCUCGUUUCAGACCGAGGGGCAGCAUUCAUAAGAGGUCCUGUCGAGCAACUUGUCAACGAUUUUGGCAUCCAGUUCAUCCAUAGCACCCUAUAUUAUGCUCAGUCCAACGGUCAAGCGGAAGCUAGCAACAAAAUUAUUAUUACCCUGUUAAAGAAAAUGCUGGUGGAAAACUCUCGACAGUGGCACGAUACUUUGUGUGAGACACUCUGGGCUUAUCGCAUGUCCAAGAGGAAUCCCACCGCUACGACACCUUAUGCACUCAUGUUUGGCCAUGAUGCUGUUUUACCCCUAGAAAUCAACGUUCAUUCCUUACGCGUCCAAGAGCAGCAUCACUUGAUCAGUGAAGAUUACGUCCAGGCGAUGUGGCAAGAACAUGAAGAUUUGAGCGAGCAGCGCUUAACGGCUUUGGAUAAUUUGGUAAUGGAGAAACAGCGCAUCGCCGGUGCCUAUGAUAAGAGGACGCGUGGUCGUAGUUACAAAGAAGGAGAUCUUGUUUGGAAAGCUGUUUUACCCUUUGGUGAGAAAGUAACCGGCCGCGGUAAGUGGACUCCGCGAUGGGAGGGACCCUUUGUCGUUCACAGUAUCAUGGAACGUGGAGCUUUUCACCUCAAAGACUUGGAUGGCGAUAUCCAUCGCAACCCCAUCAAUGGUCGGUUUCUGAAGAAAUACUACCCUAGUGUGUGGGAGUUUGAAGAUCCACUUGAUCAACCUUCUUCCCAGACAGAGGGGCACACAUAA